AAAUACAAGAAUUAUAUGGCAACAUUUAAUUAAAUGUCGUCCGUAUUGUCUUCGCAACGCUGUGUUUUUGUUGGACUAUUUUGUUAAUAAAACAUAAUUCAAAGCGAAUGAUAUUGCUAAAUAACUUUGCGAGUGAGUAAUUAAUUUCCUAUCGCAAUGGAUGUUGACGAUUCGGCGGUGGACCUAAGUGUUAGGUCCUUACCUCCAGAGCUGAGUGAGCUCAGAGCUUUAACGGCUAGUGGAUUAACUAUCACUCCCGCUCAACCUCCGCCUCAUGGGUCGAGCGGGCGGCGGGUGCUGCGGCCGCGCGCGGAGCAGCGCAGCUACGCGGAGAGCCCCGACAUCGUGCUGCUGCCGGCCGCGCCGCCGCCGCCGCCGCCGCCGCCGCCGCUGCGGAAGCCCGACCUCUCCGCGCCGCCCUUCUCUGACCUGAGCAGCAAACUGAACUCGAGUUCUGUGAACGUGUCGAUAACGCCGGCCGCGGCGGCGCCGGAGUCCCCGCGCGACCCCCGCGACGAUGACUCCUCCGACGAUGAGAACGAACCGCCGCUGCUUUUGGCACACAAGGAGCUGCCGAGCUCGGAGAUCUGGGAGCGCGAGCGCCGCAUGCGCGCGCUGCGCGAGCAGCUGCGCGGCGAGGAGACGCGGCUGGUGCUGCUGCGCAAGCUGCGGCAUGCGCAGCGCGCGCCCUCUGUCGCGCCCGCCGCCAAGGACACGACGGGCACGGCGCUGGCGGGCAGCGGCUGCGUGGUGCCGCCCGGCGUCACGGUGACCCCUGCACCGCCGCCCGCGCACCAGCACACCAAGCGGCCGAGUGCGCACGUGAGCGUGACCAGCGCCCGCCGCUCCUCCAGUCUGCCCGGCGGCGCCACGCUCACCGCGGGCCCGCCGCGACCACAGUCGUCGUCGUCAGGCGGCGCUAGCAUCACCCCCUCGGUGACCAUCACCCCCGCGCCCCCUCCCGCCUCGCACCAGGCCUCUGCUAAGCCUGCUCAGGAUAAUUCGUCGGUAACCAGUAGUACCAGCGAUGCUGCCAGUUCGCGCAGCUCCGAGGACACGCAGACGCCGGCGCAGCGGCAGGCGGCCGCCAAGCUGGCUCUCAGGAAACAGCUGGAGAAGACUCUGUUGCAGAUCCCGCCCCCCAAACCGCCCCCGCCGGAGAUGAAUUUCAUUCCAUCUCCGAGCAACACGGACUUUGUAUACUUGGUGGGGCUUGAGCACGUGGUGGACUACCUCACCAACGAAGAUCGCAUGCCGCGGUCGUCGGUGCCGGCGGUGUGCGCGCAGUGCGGCUGCGACUUCACGCCGGUGUGGCGCUGGGAGCGCGCCCCCACCCAGCCGCCGCAGCCCCGCGCGCCGCGCCCGGACGCCACAUUCUCGGCCGCGCCCGCGCGCCGCUUGUGCGAACUCUGCGUCUCCGGGAACGUCAAAAGGGCUCUUAAGGCGGAGCACACGGCGCGGCUGAAGACAGCGUUCGUGCGCGCGCUGCAGCAGGAGCAGGAGAUCGAGCGCCGCCUCAGCGCCGCCGCCUGCUCCCCCCCCCCUCCGUCUGCGUCCGCGCCGCCGCCGCCGCCGGCGCACGCGCAUCGCACGCAGAUCAGCCGAGCGCCGCGCGCGGCCGCGUCUCCGGCCGCGCCCGCGUCGCCCGCCGCCAAGCCCGCCGCCGCGCCGCCGCCGCCCAGGAGCUCAUCAAUGACAUCGGAACUUCGCAGCCAUCACGCAGAGCGCUCGGACCAAGUUCCCGCCAAGAAAGGUAAAGGAUCGUCUUCAAGCAGCAACAGUCAAGGUAGCAGCAGCAAGCAUCAGCAGCUGGCGGCGGCGGCGGCCGCGCAGAUGGCCUUCGAGCAACACAGUGCUGCCGCCAUGCAGGCGUUACAGCACCAGCUGUUGAGAGGGCUGAGCGCGGCGCCGGGCGCGGCGGCGAUGUCGCCGGCCGCGACGGCCGCGGCGAUGAUGCAGUUCUCGCCGCUGCUCUACACCUACCAGCUGGCCAUGGCGCAGGCCUCCGCGCUCGGCAAGCGAUCGGGUAAGAGCGGCAGUUCUGGCAGCACGGCGGCGAUGGCGGCGGAGAUGCAGCGCGUGGCUGAGGCUCAGCGCCAGUAUCUGCUGGACAUGAUCCCCGGCCAGCACCAGCGCAACCCCUGGACCAACAACUGAGGUACGACAGAAAGAAAGCAUUUGCUAGAUCAGAAGAGAAUCUAAAAAUAAGGUCAAUCGCACACAGCAACACGGGGUUUUACACAUUAAUCACUGUAGUACAUAUCGACAGAUCACACAGAUUGAAUUGACCCCAAACUUUGACACGUUAUGGGAUACUAACUUAACGAUACAUAUUUUUUAAAUAGAUAAAAUUCAAGACCCGUCUUUAUAUCCCGUCGGAGUGCCGGAAAGAAAUCGUGCUUUUUGUCUGCACAUAAUCAUGGUAGUGUUAAAAUGUAAAUAUUAUGGACGAUUUUAUCAAUUGAUUCAUUUAAAACAAUGAUUUUUAAUACAAAAAUUGAUAAUAUCGUUCACAAUAUCUAUCCACUUUGUGAAUCAAACCACAAAGUUUUUUUUUUAUUUGUACAGGUGAGGGCAGAUAAAAUUUUUCCUUGUAAAAUAGGUUUCUUUGCAAAUGUACACAUGUACACAUUACAAAACUUGACCGACUUCAUGAUUAAGUAUAUGUGACGUUCCACAAGAAAUAAUGUACCUAACAUUAUGGAGGGAAAUUGCUUAGGAGCCAUUUCAUAAAUAAUGGCCGGGGCGGGGUGCUCUGGUUCCGUGUGUAGGGACACAUACAUAGAUAUCAGAUCUGCAGGCGUCGCAUACUAGUAACUCCUAUCCAUAUUUUUUUUUAUAAUUCCCAGAUAAUCCUAAACGUGUAUUUGAUUAAUAACUUUUUGUUGUGUAUCGGGACACAGGACAAAUGAAACGAUUCGUUGUUGGAAACAGACUGACGUUUAUAAAGACGAAGACAUAAGUCGAACCAUGACAGUGACGUGGGCUUGCCACAUUCGUAUGUAUCAUAGACAAUAUAUAACACUUAUAAAAUGGAGUGAAUAUUGUAGCGGGAACUCUUUCCCGCUACAAUAUUCAUCAAAUUCCUCUGAAUUUGAACUAAAGACGGGAAACAAUUCAAAUAAAUACUAAAGAAGAUGCGAUAAAAUGACUGAGAAAUUUGCUUAGUUAAAAGGCUAGUUAGUAUAUAAUCGCAAAUUAAAAAUGAGAUGUAACAAUUUGAAAAUCUUUCAAUGUAAUCAAUAAUCUCAAAUUCUCUCGAAAAGUUGCAAUAUGGGAGCUCCAAAAGUUAAAUCGUGCGCUGAAUUUCCAAUCGCUUCAAAGACGUUACACACAGAUGAGCACUGCCCUCCAUAAGAUAACUUUCCUCGUGGAACGACACAAAUAAAGAAAUGCCUAAAUCGUGAAUUACUAGUCGAUUAUGAUAAAAAAAACACACGUUAAAUUUUUACGUCGUUAGGUUUACAGAACCUACCUGAGAAAUUUUUAGAAUUUGAUUAUACAAUUUUUUUUAAUUUUGUCCAAAAGUUGAAAACGUGAAAUGAGACCCAUAUGUCUUGUGCGAUCAGACUAGUAUGUUAAGUAGAUAUUAUUAGUGGAUAAGGUAAUCUAGGAUCCGAUAAUCAAUUUUUCACUCAUAUACUUAAAGUCGUACGCAACUACUUGCCACUAAAUGGCGGUAGGUAGUCGUAAAAGUCAUGACUAAAGGCGAUUUGAAUACAUUCUGACACUGUUAGCUACACUCGAUAAAAAAAGAAAUACGGUGUCCUUCAAACGUAAAUUUGAAUAACACGCCUGGAGUGUUUACAUGUAAAGGGACACGCAUGGGCAGUUUUCGCUAGCAAAAAUUUAUACUAGUGCAUUAAUUAGUGAAAUUUAAGUAAAAACUUAAUUUUCGAAGUUUUGUAAAGGUUGUAAUUUUGAAAUUUAUUAGUAAGUAAAUCUGUGAAGAAUUGUUUUUUUGAAUCCUAACGUGUAAGUUACUUUAAAUAUUUUAACUAUAGAACAAUAAAUGCACAAAACUAUUGAAAUACGUAAAUCGUAUGUAAGAAUAAUGUUUGAGUGUGCUCUAAAUUAAGAUUCGAUUUUAUAUGAUGAUCAGUAAUUAUAAUAAAAGAUUAAGGUACGGAA